AUGAGGAUCAGAAACGCUUUGCUAUUAGGAUUAUCGUGGGCAUCUGUUGAAGCCUCGCCAAUUGAUAAACUAUGGAAACGGUUUUUAGCCAAUGCACCUGCCGAAACGCAAAUGGUGAAUACAACCACUUUUGUCUACCCUCAAACACAGUCAACGGAACUAUUUCCGAUGGGUACAUGCAAAGGUAUUACGCUAGAAGACGCUACUAUAGACCAACUACAGGGUUACUUUGAUAAAGGUGUCUUGACAUCCGAGGAUGUUAUCCAUUGUUACCUAGACCGCUACUUCCAGCUUAAUUCGUAUGUUAAUGGUAUAAUGCAGAUCAAUCCGGACGCUAUUUCAAUUGCUCAGGAAAGAGACCGUGAACGUGCAGCGGGGAUUGUUAGAAGUCCAUUGCACGGGAUUCCAUUUCUAGUCAAGGACAAUUUCGCUACAAAGGACAAAAUGGAUACUACGUGCGGUUCAUGGAUGCUCCUGGGCUCAGUAGUACCACGAGAUGCUCAUGUUGUAUCUAAAUUGAGAGAUGCUGGUGCCGUAUUGUUUGGUCACUCCACGUUGAGCGAAUGGGCAGACAUGAGAUCAUCCGACUACUCUGAGGGCUACUCUGCCAGAGGUGACCAAGCACGCUGUCCUUUCAACCUUACUACCAAUCCAGGUGGCAGUUCUUCUGGAAGUGCCAGCUCUGUAGCGGCCAACAUGAUAAUGUUUUCACUGGGAACCGAAACUGACGGUAGCAUUAUCGACCCGGCUAUGAGAAACGGUAUCGUUGGUUUCAAACCAACCGUUGGUUUAACUUCGAGGUCUGGUGUAAUUCCAGAAUCAGAACAUCAGGAUACCACUGGGCCCAUGGCUAGGACUGUGCGCGAUGCAGUAUAUGCUUUCCAAUACAUGUGGGGUGUCGAUGAAAGAGAUGUGUAUACUCUGAACCAAACCGGCAAUGUUCCAGGGGACGGUGAUUAUAUGAAAUAUCUGACCGACAAAAGUGCUCUGAAGGGUGCUAGGUUUGGCUUGCCAUGGAAAAAGCUAUGGUCGCAUGCCAAAACUGACGAGAUUCCUAGACUUUUAGAAGUGAUCAAAACAAUUGAAGAUGCGGGAGCCACGGUAUACAAUAAUACAGAUUUUGGAAAUCUGGACGUGAUUUCCGACAAUGGCUGGAACUGGGAUCUCGGAUCAGCAAAUGAGAGUGAAUUUACAGUAGUAAAAGUUGACUUCUACAAUAACAUCAAGUCUUACUUGAGCGAACUGGAAAACACCAAUAUACGCUCUCUAGAAGAUAUUGUUGAAUAUAAUUACAAGUUCACUGGUAGCGAAGGUGGAUACAAUAAUACACAUCCAGCCUUCUCAUCUGGUCAGGAUUCCUUCUUGGACUCUCUCACCUGGGGAGGUAUCAAGAAUGAGACGUACUGGCAGGCUGUUGAAUUUGUUCAAAGAACUUCCAGGGAUGAGGGCAUCGACCAUGCGCUGAACUACACGGAUCCCACUACUGGCGAAAAUUUCAAGCUGGAUGGUCUUUUGGUUCCAAGUGGUCUGUCAAUUACCUACCAGCAAGCCGCUAAAGCCGGUUAUCCAAUGAUUACGUUACCAAUCGGUGUGAAAAAGGCCAAUGGCAGACCUUUUGGCCUUGGUAUAAUGCAAUCAGCUUGGCAAGAACCUCAGUUGAUCAAAUACGGAUCUGCUAUCGAGGACUUAUUAAAUUACAAAUGCAAGCCACAGUACUAUGAAUAUGUGGCGAAGAACGUCCCGGUUGUAUGA